AUGUUUGAUUAAUAAAUUAAAUCUCUCCAGUGUGCAGCAAUAGAAACAUAAGCCUAUUAUGAUAUUUAUUGGUAAGUACCUUCAAAGUAAGCAGCUGCAUAUAAUAUGCUUCUCGAUAAAUUCAAUAAUACUAAAAUAAAAAUUGAGGUUGAUUACAAUUAGAUUCAAUUACAUCCAUAAAUAAUGGAAAUAAUAAACUAUUACAAUCAUAUUCAAACAUCUUAAAUACCAUUAAUUAAAGCAACAACUGAAAUUGUAAUUUUAGGUCCACCUUCAUCAGAUCCUAAUUAACACUACAAUAGAUCUAUUUAGAAAAUAUGUUCUAAAUUAUUAAAUGAGAAUCUCUUAGAUGAUUUAAGUAAUUUCACAAUUGAAAAAUAAAUAUUCUAGAAUCUCAAUAAUUUAAUUCAUUGUCAAGGUUUAAAUACUGUAAUCUUAUAACCAUGUACAAUACCUGUGCUUAGUAAUUAUCCUCUAUGGUUUAGUUAAGGUUUAAUUAAAACACUCGAAGCUUAUUAAGUAGGAUACCUAGAACUUGAAGAAAUAGAUUAUCUCACAGAAAUUCAGAUUAAAUUCAUUCACUCAAGCUUAAAUUACAUAGAUUCUAAGUUAAAAUAAAAAAAUAGCAUUAGAAGUAAAAAUGAACCAAAUACAUUGUCACCAUAUAAAGGGUCUAACAUUCAUCAAUCUGAAAUUGAUAAUUAGUAAUCCAAACAUAGAACCAAAAGUAUACUUGUUUCAAAUUGGUUUCAUUUUAAGACUUAUUCAAAUCUCAGACCCAGAGAUACUCAAAGUUAAAUUAAGAGACAUAAAGCAGUAUCAAGUUCAUAAGUAGAUUUGCACACUCCAUUUAGUCCUUAAAAGUAAAGUCCCUUUAAUUUAAAGGCUAACAUAAAGCCCAGAUGGUUUGAGCAUAUUUAUUAAAAAUGA